AUGGCGAAGAACGCGAGCAAGGCGGGAAGUCCUACCGCCGCCUCCGGUCCCGCCGACAUUGAGGAGGACGAAUGGUGGAAUCAGCCGGUCGGGAGCGACGACGAGGUUGAAGAGUGGCGGGCUGGAGAUUCCGACGGAGACGGAGGUGAAGAUGCUGGCGGGGAACAUGCGGAGGCACAGGAAGCGGCGGUGGCAGCCGACGAGGCCGAGGCGGAACGCGAGACAGCGGCGCCUACGGAUGCGGACGCGGUGGCGGAGGCGCAAAAGGCGGCUGCUGAUGCCGUCUUAUUUGACGGCGAGGGCACCGACGACGACCCCUGGAGCCUUGCUUCGGACGACGACGUGCCGCUACUGAAGCGGAGGCUGCGCCAUCGCCUGCAGUCCACGACGAAGCGCACCCGCGUGGUGCUUUCGGACGACGACAGUGCCGGGGAGGAGCGUCGCCCCCUGCUCACCGCUGCGGAGAAAGGAAAGGCAAAGGUCGUGGAAGCCCCUGCCAAGUCCCCUGCUAAGGCCCCUGCAAAGGCCCCUGCUCAUCGCCGCACAAGCAACAAGAAGCGCAAGGACGACGGUGACCCUGGAUCCAGCAAGGGCGCGGCUCGGAAAAAGGCGAAGAAGGCGCCCAAUCCUUACGACAUCGUCGUCAACGAGGCGUUGGGCAGCGACGAUGAGUACGCGGCGGCGGCGGGCCCGAUUCCCACGUUCCCUGAAAAGGAGGCGCCGAAGGACCCCACCCUCUCUAAUCCCAACACCCGCCCACCUUCUGCUCGCAGCAAAGACACCACGAAGAAGCGUCGCAGCUGGACCGUGCGGGAGAAGCUGAAGGAACUUGCGGAGGCCUCCGCACCCCGUGGUGCUGCAGUGGAUCGCGGAGGCGUGGGACCAAGUCCCCAGGCAGAUCAUCAUCGACGCGUUCCGCCACUGUGGCAUCUCCAGCAAGCUGGACGGAACGGAGAAUCACCUGGCGACAACACGCGCCUGCACAGGAAGGCUCCAGAGGAGGAGGAGGAGGAGGAGGAGGAGGAGGAGGAGGAGGAGGAGGAGGAGGAGGAGGAGGAGGAGGAGGAGGAGGAGGAGGAGGAGGAGGAGGAGGAGGAGGCGAUGCAGGCGGAGGGCGUGCGGGAGGUGGCCGUGGCAACUGGACUGGAGGUGCUGUACCAGGAGAACCCCAACUACCGCGGAGCGGCGGCCGAGGCUGACCGCAUGAUCGAGCCUAGGGAGACGGCUAGGCAUGCCUGGCGAGUGCCAGACCUGAGUGUGGAGCCUGUAGCUAGUGCUCCCGAGGAGGCGGUGACCGAGGGGGGUUAG